AUGACAAGUUACCCACCAGUGAAAGAGGCAAGGGCAAUUUUGACUGAUUCAAAGAACCAGAGCCCCUCCACCAGUCCUGCCUGGGGCCCCAUGGAAGUGGCCAACAAUGUCACCGAGUUUAUAUUUCUGGGACUUUCCCAGGAUCCUGGAAUGCAAUUGAUGUUCUUUGCCUUAUUUCUCCUCUUCUACAUCAUGAUUAUGGUGGGAAAUUUGCUCGUUUUGCUUACCGUCUUUUUUGAUCCCCAGCUCCACACACCCAUGUAUUUCUUUCUCAGUAACCUGUCUUUUGUAGACAUUGCCUAUUCCUCAGCCACAGCACCCAAGAUGAUUGCAGACUUGGUGUCUGAGAAAAAGACUAUUUCUUACUGGGGCUGUAUAACUCAGAUGUUUACCUUCCACUUUUUUGGUUGUGCUGAGAUUUUUGUUUUGACUGUCAUGGCUUUUGAUCGUUAUGCAGCUAUCUGCCAACCCCUCCGUUACACUACCAUCAUGAGUGCCAAUGCUUGUGCUGUGCUGGCAUCACUGUCCUGGUUGGGGGCCCUGGGUCAUUCCUUUGUUCAAACCCUCCUGACCUUUCAGCUGCCCUUCUGCAAUGCUCAGGUCAUAGACCACUACUUUUGUGAUGUCCACCCAGUCCUAAAACUUGCCUGUGCUGAUACAGCCCUGGUAAAUAUGCUAGUGGUUGCCAAUAGUGGACUCAUCUCUCUGGGGUGUUUCCUUAUUAUUCUGGCUUCCUACACAGUCAUUCUGUUUAGUCUUCAAAAACGGUCUGCAGAAAGCCGGCGCAAAGCUCUCUCUACCUGUGGAUCUCAUCUGAUGGUAGUAACUUUCUUCUUUGUGCCUUGUGUCUUUAUUUAUCUCCGUCCAUCCACUACUUUCCCACUGGAUAAGGUGGUGUCUGUGUUCUACACCACCAUCGCUCCCAUGUUAAACCCACUCAUCUAUACUCUGAGGAACCAGGAUGUCAAGAACGCUAUGAAGCGACAAUGGAGUCGCAAGUUCUCCUUGAAGGAAAAGCAGAAGGGAUAG